GGGAUUUUUUGGUUUUCAAUUCCUGACGACGUAUUGCUUCUUACUCCCAUUUACUUUAGUUCCGGGGUUGCUCAAUCCUAGCCAUCUGAAACCAUCUUAUUCUGCCGAACAUCAACUUGGAAACAGGUGCUCAUUCUCAGGUCACUGCUAAGGAAAUCGUUCUUUUUUUUUCUGUAUAUUUUUCUUCAUGCCAUUUAUCCAUGAUCUCAUAUAAUUAUAAAGAUUCAAUGUACCUCAUCGAGCCCACUGCAUAACAUCUUCCAUCUUCAUUCCUCGACGGGAACCCAUAUAGAUCAAGAACCUUCUUGAGAUACUCAACCAAACAACAAGCCAUUGCAGAGUGUUUAGCUUUCCGUUGUGGAUAUUCCCAAGAAGAAUGUCAUCCUCACAGCAUCCUUCAAAUAGCGAAAAAUGGCCCCAACAUAUCCAGAAGGAAUCCUCACCAGCGGAUACCAAUUCUCUUGCCGGGUCUACCACGUCGGAGGAUACCGUAGAGCAAGACCAAAUUUAUACACGAGCUUCACGGCAGUCGCAACCUAGCCUGAGUAGAAAAAUUACGUCUAUUCGCACGAAUGGUACGUCGGAUCUGGCUUAUGAAGUUGACUUUGAGGACGGCCAGGACCAGACGAAUCCCAAGAACUGGUCCCUCGCAUACAAAGGAAUGGGAAUCGCCUUCCUCUCUUGGAAUACACUGGUUGUCGUUUUAUACUCUACAUCAUAUACCUCUGGUGUUGCAGAUAUUGCAGCGGAAUUUGGAACUUCCAGCACCAUUGUUACCUUAGGGCUUACCUUAUACCUGAUCGGCCUUGCGGUUGGCUCUAUGUUCAUGGCCCCCUUGAGUGAGAUGUACGGCCGGAAGCCUGUAUCUGUGGCGUGCUUGUUUAUCUUCAUGGUAUUAAUUAUACCUUGCGCUCGUGCAGAGUCUGUAGUCACUCUUAUUGUGGUGCGAUUCAUAGGGGCUUUCUUCGGUAGUGUUAUGAUCUCAACCGCGCCAGGAAUGGUGUCAGAUCUAGUCAAUGACGAAGAGCGAGCCCUUGCAAUGUCUAUCUGGAGUAUUGGCCCAGUGAAUGGCCCAGUCUUGGGUCCCAUUAUUGGAGGAUUUGUCACGCAAUAUCUCGGCUGGCGAUGGAUGGAUUGGAUUGCCUUAAUCUUGUCAGGCGUCGCUUUAGUAUUCUCCAUGAUCAUGAAGGAGACAUACGGCCCCAUUAUUCUGCAGAAAAAGGCUGCCCGCCUGCGAAAAGAGACCCGUGAUCCCUACUGGAGCCGAUACGACCAAAAGGCCAGUCUAAUUCAGAUCUUGAAAGUGAACCUGGGACGCCCUUUCGUCAUGGCUGUCACUGAGCCUAUUUGCAUAUUUUGGAACAUCUAUAUCGCGAUCGUCUAUGGUAUUCUAUAUCUUUGUUUCACCGCCUAUCCAAUCGUCUUCCGUGACAUUCGCGGCUGGUCACUCGGCCUCUCAGGACUCGCCUUCCUCGGCAUCGGCAUCGGCUGUCUCACAACCAUAUCCUGCGAACCGCUAAUCCGCCGCAUGAUCAACAGCCACCCGAUAGAUCCAGAGACCGGGAAAGUCCCCCCAGAAGCCAUGGUUUCGAUCGUAUGCGUAUCCGCCAUUCUGAUCCCAGUCGGUGAACUCUGGUUCGCAUGGACUUGCGCACCGGCUUCGAUACAUUGGAUUGUCCCCAUCCUUGCGGGGGUACUGUUCGGGGCAGGAAACACAGGCGUUUUUAUCUAUGCAUCGAACUACCUGUCAUACAGCUAUGGGGUUUACGCCGCAUCUGCGAUGGCGGGUAACUCCGUGAUUCGCAGUAUCCUGGGUGGAGUUUUGCCCUUGGUGGGUACGUAUCUUUAUGCCGGGAUCGGACCAAACUGGUCUGGUACCCUGCUAGGCUUGCUCGAGGUAGCUAUUAUACCGAUCCCGUUUGUCUUCUAUAAAUAUGGCUACAAGAUCCGAAGAAAGAGUGCUUUGAUUUCGCAGAUGCAAGAGGAUAAGAAAAAGUUGGAAGGGAAGCGACUACGACGCCAGCAGCGGGAAGAGGCGAAAGCAAAUAUAGAGACAAACGAGAAGGAGAAUAUGGAGGUUUAAAAGAACCAGCACCAACAUCACAGCCGGCGAACAGGAAGAGGCAACUAAAUAAGAAA